AAUAUCUAGUUACACAUGAAUAUACUUUUUUUCUUUAAGGUGCGCAUUGCAGCAAAGUUCAUCAUUCAUGCUCCCCCUGGGGAAUUUAACGAGGUGUUCAAUGAUGUUCGGUUGCUGCUUAAUAACGAUAAUCUUCUCAGGGAAGGAGCAGCACAUGCAUUUGCACAGUACAAUCUGGAUCAGUUUGCUCCUGUAAAAAUCGAGGGUUAUGAUGAACAGGUAUUGAUAACAGAACAUGGAGAUCUAGGCAAUGGAAAAUUUUUGGAUCCAAAAAACAAGAUAGCUUUUAAAUUUGAUCACUUAAGAAAGGAGGCUACUGAUCCUAGGCCUUAUGAAGCUGAAAAUGCAGUUGAGUCCUGGAGAAAUUCAGUAGAGACUGCAAUGAGAGCCUAUGUGAAAGAACACUAUCCAAAUGGUGUUUGCACAGUGUAUGGUAAAACAAUUGAUGGACAGCAAACCAUUAUUGCAUGUAUAGAAAGCCAUCAGUUCCAAGCAAAAAAUUUUUGGAAUGGCCGUUGGAGGUCAGAAUGGAAGUUUACAAUCACCCCAUCAACUACUCAGGUGUCUGGCAUCUUGAAAAUUCAGGUUCACUAUUAUGAAGAUGGUAAUGUUCAGCUAGUGAGCCAUAAAGACAUACAAGAUUCAUUAACAGUAUCUAAUGAAGCCCAAACAGCAAAGGAAUUCAUAAAAAUUGUAGAGGCUGCAGAAAAUGAGUAUCAGACUGCUAUCAGUGAGAAUUAUCAAACUAUGUCAGACACUACUUUCAAGGCCUUACGUCGACAAUUGCCAGUUACCCGCACUAAGAUUGACUGGAACAAGAUCCUUAGCUAUAAGAUUGGAAAAGAGAUGCAGAAUGCUUAAGACGAAGAUUGCAUGACUGGAUAAUUUUAGUGUUCUUGUAUACAAAUAAAAAUUAUUACAAAAGUAUUUGGAACUGUUGAGUCACCCAGUCAGCAUGGGCUUUUGCCAUUGAAAAAUCACUGUAAGUAGUUUGGUUAGAGCACAAAGCUUAACUAAUCAACAUUUUUUCCCCAGUUUGCUUGUUUCCUUUCUCUCAGAGGAUUGCAAAAUCAAUAUAGCUGAAAACUUUCUUCUAGAGUUUCUGUUGUACCUUUUUUAAUAAUGAAAAGACCAUGCCUUUAGAUUUCAAUAUGAAAAUCAAGAACGUUUUGAAAAAUAUUUUUGCAUACAGUAAUUGUCUUGCUUUCAUAUGACGUGAGCAAUUUCUGACUCUUGCUGGAUUCCCUGAAGAGUUCAGUGUGCACGUUUCUAGUUCAUAGGCUCAUGAUGAAUUUAGCCAUAUGUGCUACUGUAGAAAUCCUCUAUCCCUCCAUUGGGUAUAAGGUUGGGAAAAACAUUUUCUAUAGUAUGUUAAAACCUUUCAAAAUACUUAUUCAGCUGGCUCAGUGUUAAUGUUUAAACAAGCCCAGGGUCUUAUGCUGUUUUAAGAUUUUGAAAUUAAAAAUACUUAUUACAUUUAAUGCUUUAUUCCUGACAAUUACUUAAAUGAGUUCAGAUUCCAUUUGCCCUGGAGUUAUUUUUUAUCAUACAACCACAAAUGUAAUAUAACAAGGCAUAUUGUAAUAUAUAAUCCUGUACUCAUUACCAUGUCUGUUUAUUUUUUUUUCUUGGAUUGAAAUGUACUAAAAUUCAAUGUGACAUUAAAAUGCAGAUUUUCUAUUUA